AUGUCUGUGGAAGAUAACUUAAAUACCUCAGCAUCUUCUCAACUCGUCAAUUCGAUUGAUUACCAAGAAAAGAUAGACCGUUUCGAACUCAUACUUAAACGCCAAGCUGUAAGUACUUCAGCGUUUAAUCGUCUAUUAGUGGUUAUGGAUCAAAUCUUUGCGAAUUCCAAACCCCCAACGAAGAUGCCACAAUUAGCACCCCAUGUGAAUGAACUUUUAAUGGAUCAUAAUUAUGCAGUCUCCAACACAUCUUCGGGAAUAUAUUCGGCAUCUUCGUCAUCAUCAUCCUCAUCGCCACCACCAUCAUCAUCAUCCCCUUCAUGCGAAGACCAACUUAACAGAUUUAAUAGAUGCUUGCAAAGCUCGGCCAAACGCAAACUAAUUGAUGACGAUCAGGAAUAUCAAGAAUUUUCGGCUGAAACUGUACCGACGCCAGCAUUGCCGGAGGAAAAAGAACAAGAAGAAUAUCCCCAACAAUUGGGUGAGGUAUAUAUUUUGGGACCAAAUGGCACAGAAGUUGAGGCGAGAUCUUACGACAGCAUUAUUUGGUCAUCUGCUGCUGCAGCCACACGACAACUUUUGGGUUUCGUGUUUAGUGGUGAUGUCUUGGCCACACAUACCUUGACCGGCAAACCAUCACCCGCCUUCUAUGGUCGCGAAAGACCGGCUAAAAUGCAAUUGGAUCCCGUUAAGGCAGCCGAUAUCAUCCACUGUGUACGAUCCAAGUUCAAAUGUACCGAACGUGAAAUAAGAGCCGCCAUCACCACUAAAUGUUCCGAUACUUCUAAAAAAUACAAAAGACGUCAACAAAAACAAUUGGAAUCCUCGAAUGCUGCUGUGAAUUAAUAACAUUUGUUUCAUUAAUACAGUAAUGCAAUACAAUUGUUUGUAAUGAGGCACUUUUGUAAAUAUACGUUUAAUUUUAAUGUUAAGUUUCUAAUUGUAAGUGUGAUUUUGGAAAUAAAGA